CUGUGUGUUUGAAGGAUCGCUCUGGAACUUAACUAACCUAACCCUGCAGUUAACUCCAUUAAAAUGACAAGAAGGGGGAAUUCCUUUGAGGACUACAUUUUUAAUUUUGAAAGUCAGAACAACUUCCGGAAGCCAAGUAACGACAGCGCUGUCAGCCCUACAGAGAGUGCCAAAUCAGUAUUUAUAAGUUCAGAUGGAGAAAAUGGAACAGAUGAAAAAAGAAAGGCAGGAAAAUCACCUACUGUGUUGCUGCAGAGCUCUACCACUGAAAUGGAAUAUUUUGAAGACCGGAAAAAAGCUGAUGUUGCUAGGACAAAGAGCAGCACAGGUAGUCUGCUCCUGACAAUGGAUAUCAAGAGUGACUGCAAGAUUGAAAGGAAAAAACGUCCCUCAAAUCAGCUGAAGGCAAAUGCACACUUUCAUAAGCUGUUUCCAGAUGUUCCUGUUGAUGAGCCACUGAAACAAAGCUUUACAUGUGCUCUGCAGAAGGAAAUUCUGUACCAAGGAAAAUUAUUCGUUUCUGAAAACUGGAUUUGCUUCCAUUCCAAGGUUUUUGGUAAAGACACUAAGAUUAGUAUACCCGUGUUCUCGGUGACAGUUUUGAAGAAAACCAAAACUGCCCUUCUUGUGCCAAAUGCUCUGAUCAUAGCAACAGUCACAGACAGGUACAUGUUUGUCUCCUUACUCUCCAGAGAUACCACCUAUAAGCUAUUGAAAUCUAUCUGUAGACAUCUUGAGGAUACAAGCACAGGCAACAGUCCAAAUCCCUCUUCUGCAGAAAACAGCUUCAGGGCUGAUCGUCCUACAACUCUGCCCUUGGAUUUCAAUGAAGACUAUUCUGAUCUCGAUGGAAUAGUGCAGCAGCGAAGACAAGAGAUGGAAGAGUCCAGCAGCACAGGCUCACAGACUCCAGAGCUGGAAUGCUUCGAAGAUUAUCAUGUUGUUGAGACACAAACUCACCUGAAAGUUUCCAAGACUGAAGCAAAGUCUGCCCGUUCGGAUGGACACAGUAAACGCGGACCUGACGGAAAAGGUCGAAACAGUCCUCGAAAUGGCCAUUCUGAAGCCUCCAGGUUCUUCCACAAAGUGAAGUCCCAGAAGCUUGUAUCCCUGAACCAUGUACUUGUAGUUUAUGCGGUUCUUGUUUGUUUGUUAAUAUUUUCUACUUUCUACAUGAGGUAUAAAAUCAGUCUCCUGGAAGAACGCCUUAUUUCCAUUACAUCGUUUGAUUCAUGUAUUAAGGAACAUCCAGUGCACCAAGCUUUGGGAUCUCAUCUGCAACUUAAUGCUGGCGCCCUUUGUGAUGAGUUAACUGCAAAUCUUAAAAAAUUGGAAAAGAUACAGAACAACUUACAAAAACUGCUUGAAGAUGAUGAAUGAAACAUUGAUGUCCUUAGACUGCUUCAGACCUGAUUUUUCUCCCUUGACAAACAAUUCCAAAGGAGCUCUGCCGGCCGGAGUUCAAACUUCUCUGUUUUCAGUCCAAGCCAAACUUGAACUACUGUAAAGCUCAUGUCAUAACGCAGAAAAUCAGUUUAUUCUUGAGCUUGUAUCUGUAUGUUUUGAAAACAUACAUGUUUUGAUCUACAUGUAUCUAAUCAAUGCGGUUCAGACACGGCAAGUGCUGCAUUGUGGCACUAGAUCGAUGGCUGCAGGCUGUUCAGAAGGGACAGACCGGGAAGGAGGGAUGGAGGCGUUACCCUCUAUCUCAGGAAAAGGAUAGAAUGUGAAGAGCUGUCAUUGAAGAGUAGCCACGAACAGGUUGAAAGCUUGUAGGUCAGAAUUAAAGACAAAAGAACCAACAGGAACCUUGUGGUUGGUUUAUACUACAGGCCACCCGAUCAAGGAGAACCAAUCGAUGAAGGCUUCUUCCUCCAGCUACAGGAGGCUUCAUGCUAGCAAGCUCUCAUCCUACUCGAGGACUUCAGCCAUUCUGACAUCUGCUGGAAAAGUAGCACGGCAAGCUGUAGGCAAUCCAGGAGGCUCCAUGCAUUGACGAUGAUUUCUUAAUCCAGCUGAUAGAGACCCCCACCCGAGGAGAAGCAACACUGGACCUUAUGGUCACCAAUACAAGUGAACUCAUCAGUGACAUCAGGAUUGGAGGCAGCCUGGGCGGCAGUGAUCACUCACUGGUGGAGUUCAAGGUCCAGAGCGAUAUGGGAAAGGCAAGGAGUAUAGUCAGGACACUAAAUUUCAGGAAAGCAGACUUCCAGCUCUUCAAGGAGUUACUCGGUAUGAUCUCCUGGGACAUGGUCCUCGGGAACAAGGGAGCAGAACAGAGCUGGAAAAUAUUUAAGGAAGCUUUCCAUAAAGUGCAGGAGCGCUCAGUCCCCAGAUGUAGGAAAUCGGGCAGGAAGGGAAGAGACCAGCAUGGCUGAGUGGAGAUCUGCUGGUCAAACUGAAGAGCAAGAGGGAACUGCCCAGGCAGUGCAAGUAGGGACAGGGAACCUGGGAUGUGUACAGAGACACUGCCCGGUUGUGUAGGGAUGGGGUCAGGAAGGCCAAGGAGCAGCUGGUGUAGAACUGGGCAAGGGAAGUGAAGACCAACAAGAAGGGCUUCUACAGGAACGUCAGCCAGAAGAGGAAGGUCAAAGAGAACGUACCCCCACUGAUGGCUGGAAAUGGGGAUCACAUAUCAACAGGUGAGAAGGCUGAGGCACUUAACAUUUUUGCCUCAGUCUUCACUGAUAACUGCUCUCCUCCCCCCUCCUGGGUCGUGGGACAGCAAGAUGGUGACCAGAGGGGUAGAGCCCCUCCCACUGGAGAGAAGGAUCAGGUUCGUGACCACCUGAGGAACCUGAACAUAUAUAAGCCCAUGGGACCUGAUGAGAUGCAUCCCAGAGUCCUGAGGGAAUUGGCAGAUGUGGUUGCCGAGCCAUUCUCCAUGAUAUUUGAAAAGUCCUGGCAGUCAGGAGAAGUCCCUGGUGACUGGAAGAAGGGGAACAUUGUGCCCAUUUUUAAAAAGGGUAGAAAAGAUGACCCUGAGAACUACCAACCUGUCAGCCUCAUGUCUGUGCCUGGGAAGAUCACGGAACAGAUCCUCCUAGACAAGCUGGGAGAAUUGGGGUUGUUCAGCCUGGAGAAGGCUCUGAGGAGACCUUAUAGCGACCUUCCAGUGCCUGAAGGGGCUGCAGGAAAGCUGGAGAGGGGCUGUUUACAAAGGCUUGUGGGGAUAGGACGAGGGGCGAUGGGUCUAAACUGGAGAGGGACAGAUUUAGACUGGACAUAGGGAAAAGUUUCUUCACUAUGAGAGUGGUGAAGAACUGGCACAGGUUGCCCAGGGAAGUUGUGGCUGCCCCAUCCGUGGAGGUGUUAAAGGCCAGGUUGGAUGGGCUUUGGGCAGCUUGAUGUGGUGGGAGGUGUCCCUGCCCAUGGUGGUGUUGGAACUGGAUGAUCUUCAAGGUCUCUUCCAACCCAAACUAUUCUAUGAUUCUAUGUUUUGAGAAUAAGGGGAUUUUUCUUUCUUUGUUGUGUAAAUUAAUGGAUUUUAUAGCUUGCUUUAUCAAGACUUGCUUACACUGGUGCAGACCUGGUGCAACUCCUUUUACCUCAGCAUAUCUCUGUCAACUAUGGUUGUGGAUUGGUGCUGUGCUCUUCAGUUUUACUUCUUUGUGCCUUGGCAUCCUGAAGAUCUGAUAACAGACACCUCUGGAUUUGGUUCUGUGAAGUUUUGAACGUUCAAGGUGUGCUAAGUUCUCAGGUGCUGUAAAAAGGCUGAAUUCGACUUUCUGUGGCAUUGCAUCACCACUGAGGGUAAGGUCUGUUUCUUCUGGGCAUUCAGUUUCCGUUAAAAUGAAGCUUGAAAUAUGUAUGGAUUUGCCAGCUUACAGUGAAUUUGUGAAUAGCAGUAUGGGUGUGACCUGUCCGCACAGCUUAGAAAAAGUGCUAGGUUUUUUUGUCCACUUGUACAUUUUCUGUCUGUUAAGUUAAUCAGCAUGAAGAGCCUCAGUCAGCUUUCCUUGGAGCUGCAUGGUGUUUUGGUUGGCUGACCAAGUGCAAUUUGUGCUCCAGUGGAUGGAAAUCUAGUCCUGACAUAUGACUCCAGGGACCAGGUAUUUCCGCAUAAUAGGAACUGGUAAAUUAGUGAUGCAGCAGUACAAACAAUCAGUAGAGUGAAUGAAAAACUGGACACCUGCUUUGUUAUAUCCUACUGGUUUUUUUUUCACAGUGCCUAAGAUUGUAUAACUGGGGAUAUUUAGGUUUCUGAUUCACCAGGCAGGCUGGUUAGUUUUUUAAAAGCAGUAUUUAGGAUAAUAACAACUAGUAUCUGUAAAGUAACAGUAUUGUUUAUAAUAUGCUAUGCAUUUUAUAACCAUUUCUGUGAAA